UAAAACAGAAUUUCAACAUGUGCUGAAUGCUCAUUCUCGUUUUAUAGCUUGCAGCGAUUAAGUCGUUUUUUAAGUGAAACAUUUUUAUCAGUUUAAAAAAGUGAAAUUUUAAUUAUGGCAAAUCCAAAUCAGGAAAUCAAAUAUACAAAACUCUUCAUCAACAAUGAGUUUGUCGAAUCAGUAAGCAAGAAAACAUUCGAGACAUUCAACCCGGCGAAUGGAAAGAAACUUGCUGAUAUCUCUGAAGGCUUCAAAGAAGAUGUUGAUAUUGCUGUAAAAGCUGCACAAAAAGCAUUUAAAAGAGGAUCAGAAUGGCGAAAUACGACUGCAACUCAUCGCGCUGAUUUAAUGCUCAAACUUGCAGACUUGAUUGCCAGAGACAUUGAAAUUUUGGCUAACUUAGAAACACUUGACAAUGGAAAGCCAUACGAGAGUGCCAAAGGAGAUUUGUUUUUCUGUACCAUGUUGCUUCGUUAUUACGCUGGCUAUGCAGAUAAAGCUCACGGUCGUACAAUCCCAACUGAACCUAAUACGUUUAGUUAUGUUCGUAAAGAACCGAUUGGAGUUUGUGGUCAAAUUAUUCCAUGGAACUAUCCUGCUCUUAUGACAGUGUUUAAAAUAGCACCAAUUUUGGCUACAGGAUGUGUUACAAUUUUAAAACCAGCAGAACAGACUCCAUUAACUGCACUUUAUAUUGCAAGUUUAACAAAAGAGGCAGGAAUUCCAGAUGGUGUAAUUAAUGUCAUCACAGGAUUUGGACCAACAGCAGGAGCAGCUAUUUCAAUGCAUCGAGAUAUUAGAAAGGUUGCAUUCACAGGUUCAACUGAAAUCGGAAAAUUGAUUAUGGAAGCAGCUGCAAAAUCAAAUUUGAAGAAAGUGUCACUUGAACUUGGUGGCAAAAGUCCUUUAGUCAUUUUUGAUGAUGUAAAUCUAGACGAGGUAGUUCCACUUGCUCAAGAAGCUAUAUUUACAAAUUCGGGACAAAUCUGUUGCGGUGGAAGUAGAACUUUUGUUCAAGAAAACAUUUAUGAUGAGUUUGUUAAACGUACGGUUGAACUUGCUAAGAAGAGGAAAGUAGGAUGUCCAUUUGAUUCAAAUACACAACAAGGUCCACAAGUUGAUAAAAUCACAUUUGAUAAGAUUCUUACUUAUAUUGAUUAUGGAAAGCAAGACGGUGCAAAAUUGGAAUUUGGAGGUAAAAGAUGGGGUAAUGAAGGGUUUUUUGUAGAACCAACCGUCUUCUCAAAUGUGACUGAUGACAUGAGAAUUGCGACAGAUGAAAUUUUCGGACCUGUACAAUCAAUCAUUAAGUUCAAGACAUUAGAUGAAGUCAUAGAAAGAGCCAAUAACACAGAAUACGGUCUAGCAGCAGGCAUUUUCACAAAGAACUUAAACAAUGCCAUCACAUUUGCAAAUUCUGUUGAAGCAGGAACUGUUUGGAUCAAUUGCUAUAAUGCAACAAGCGUUACUUCACCUUUCGGUGGAUAUAAGCUCUCUGGAAUUGGACGCGAGCUUGGCGAAGAAGGAAUUAAUUUAUAUCUUGAAACUAAAUCUGUAUCAAUCAACCUCGCAGCAAAUAACUAAAUCAUAUAACAUCUUCAAUAAAAAUUUGAAAUUUCUAAACGCACUCACCACGUGUUUUUUCAUAUAAAAUAGAAAAAUCAUUAAUUAAAGUAUAAAGUCAUUGUUUUGAGCUGUCUUGCUAUUCAAUACUGAAUAGCUAGAUGAAACUAAGCUAUUAAAAUAAACAUGAGCUCUUCAUGAUGUCUGGUUAAGGAGAUCUCGAUUGUCAGCCGAACAAACGAUCGAAUAAAGUGCAU